AAUUUUCCUGUUUUUUUCAAUAAUCAUUGCGUAUUUAUAUCAGUUGAUUCAUUCAUUUUUGUUUUCUAAUUGUUUUAUACAAUGUGCAGAUCAUGACGAUUUUUUUACAUUCCAUUGAACAACACUAAUAUCUUCAAAGAUUAAAGCUUUUUCUUUUCAGUCGUGCAGAGAUGCCAGGGGUGGACGAAAUUGGUGCAUAUGAUGAAAGCAGAGAUGGAAAGUCUGAUUUUGAUAACUCUGAGGAUGAAAGAAGGAGAUCCAAAAUUGGGAAUCUGAAAAAGAAGGCCAUAAAUGCAUCCAACAAGUUCACUCAUUCUAUUAAGAAAAGAGGGAAGAAGAAAAUAGACUACAGAGUUCCUUCUGUAUCCAUCGAGGAUGUCAGGGAUGCAAAAGAGGAAGGUGCGGUGCACGAAUUGCAUCAAAAGCUUCUUCUUAAGGAUUUGUUGCCUCCUAGGCAUGAUGAUUAUCAUACUUUGUUGAGAUUCUUGAAAGCUAGAGAGUUUAAUAUUGAGAAAACAAUCCAGAUGUGGGAAGAAAUGCUUAAAUGGAGGAAAGAGUUUGGAACAGAUACCAUUUUGGAGGAUUUCGAGUUUGAAGAGCAAGAGGAAGUAUUGCAAUACUAUCCCCAAGGGUACCAUGGAGUUGAUAAGGAAGGGAGACCUGUUUAUAUCGAGCAGCUAGGAAAAGCAUAUCCAAGUCGGCUUAUGAAAAUCACUACCAUAGAUCGUUAUCUUAAGUACCAUGUCCAAGAGUUUGAGAGAGCUCUAUUGGAGAAAUUCCCUGCUUGUUCAAUUGCUUCAAAGAGACAAAUCUGUUCAACAACUACCAUAUUGGAUGUACAAGGACUGGGCAUGAAGAAUUUUAGCAGGACUGCUGCAAAUCUUCUGGCUGCCAUGAGUAAAAUAGACAACAGUUAUUACCCUGAGACAUUACAUAGAAUAUAUAUAGUCAACGCUGGUCCUGGAUUCAAGAAGAUGCUUUGGCCUGCUGCUCAGAGAUUCCUCGAUGAAAAGACAAUUGGGAAGAUAAAUGUCUUGGAGCCCAAAUUUCUCGGUAGGCUACUGGAGGUCAUCAAUUCUAGUCAGUUGCCAGAUUUCUUAGGAGGGUCAUGCUCUUGCUCUACAGAUGGAGGGUGUCUUAGAUCCAAUAAAGGACCAUGGAAUGAUCCGGAGAUAAUGAAGCUUGUACAUAAUGCGGAGGCAACAUUUGUGAGGCAAAUUACCAGAGUAUUGAAUGACCAGCAUAACUAUGAAUCAUAUGUACAAAUACAAUCACUAAAUGGAAUGACCAGUGACACAUCAGUAGGAGAGUCUGGAUUAGAGAUGGGUGACCAGUGUUCUCCAACUGGACUAACAAGCUCUGCAUUUCGUUGUCUGGCACCUGUUCGUGAAGAAGUGAAGGUGUCAGAUCCAAAUGCUUAUUAUAGUUGCGAUGAUGGUUUCCCUAGGAUUGAGAAUACUAUAGAAAGUGACCAAGGACCGAUAUGUUCCCCCAAUCAGUUGCCCAAUUCUAGUAUUGUGGAUAGCCAAUCUUAUCAAAGAGCAUCUUUUCUUUCUGAAGGGAAUUCAAUCACACAUUUGUUAGACUCUGUUAAGGAAAAAUUUGGGAGAAGGAAUAUUCAUUCUGUGGCAAAAAUGCUAAUAGCUUUAUUGGUUAGACUGGCUGCUCUUAUUCACACUGUUCUAUUUGAAUCUUGGAGAAGGCCAAACUCUACUCAUCCUUCCAAUAUGAUGGAACCCAACAGGAAUGGCCAUUCAAAUUCAACUGUGCAAGAAGCUGUUAAUGAAAAAGAACAUGUCCGUCCUUGUAUUGAACGUCUUCAGAAACUUGAGAAAACAUUUGAGGAACUUAGCAACAAGCCUGCUGUAAUUCCCGUGGAAAAGGACAAAAUGCUCAUGGAAUCUCUUGACCGGAUCAAAUCUGUUGAGUUUGACCUCAACAAAACAAAGCGAGUCCUACAUGCUACAGUAGUGAAGCAACUUGAGAUUGCUGAGUGGCUGGAUAAUAUACGAGCAUCUAAAUAUCAUAAAUUACUUUCAAGUCACUGUUUAGUCGAAUCGAGGAGUGAUGGAUGCUGGCAUACUUGUUGGCUAUUGUUGCAGCAACGAAGAUUGUUGUGUGGAGAUUGACCUAUGUUUUAGAUCAUGUGAGACCGAGGCUCUUGGAGUAGGAGGUUGAUGCUGACAAAGCUCAUCAUGAGGGGCCAGCUUCGCCGGCGGCACUGCACAGUCGAUAAUGAAGCAUAGGGAUGGACUUUUACCUCCUAGCUUCUUCUUCUUCUUCUUCUCCCUUUAACCACUUGCUGUAAGUACGACAUGACUGAAGUUAUAGUUGUUCAGUAGGGUUUUUUCUGAAGCACAGCUUUGAAACUGUGCAUGUAAAGAGAAAAAAAUAUUCAUGUAUCAGUGAAAGCAUCUUCUUGCAAUUUUCACAGGCGGCAGGAUUUUUGUUUCCUUGUC